GGGAGACUCACAGUGUGUUUGGCGUGGUCCGGGCAAGGGGGCGCGCAUGAAGGCACGAGGAUGCAUGGGGGAGUUGUGUUGACAUGUAUUUCCUGGCCACAAGAGGACGCCGCUGGCCAGGGGGAGCAGAACUAGCCGAAGAGGAAGGCGCCGCCAGGGUGGUGGCCCACAUUGGUGGCGCCCCCGCCGGCGGCCGCCGGCCACUUGACGGCCGGGGCCGAGUCGAAAUAGAUCAGCUCCUCGAUGCCGGGGUAAUUCUCGAUGAUGGCAAUCAGCAGGCCCUCCAGACGCGAGGGGACCGCCCGGGUGGGCGACACACAGGCCAGGCCCACCCGGAGCAGCAACAGCGGCGAGGCCGACCGGGCCUCGGACAGCACGAGCAGCAGGUUGUGUGCCAGCUCCACCGGCAGGGUGCCGGCGGCGGCGGCGGCCGAUGCGGCGAAGGCCGCACUGGCGCCAGCCCCACCGGUGCUCGAAGCCCCGGCCCCGGUCGAAGCACUGCCCCCGGAGAAGGCAUUGCUCAGGGACGAGGCCAGGCCGAUGGAGGCCAAGGGCGAGGAGGAUAGCAGCGCGCUCGAGGACCGGAGCAAGUUGACGGGGAGAGGGGCCGCCGCGGCGAGCCCGGCCCCGGCCGGCGAACUGAAGCCCCCGGCGCCGGGGCCGGCCCCGGACCCGGAGCCCCCGCCCCCACCACCAGCCCCGGGGGUCACCCCGAGGGCCGCGAAUUCCGAGCUGGCGAUGUCCAGCCCCAGCAGGCCGAGCAGGAUGUUGAUGUGGGCGCCGCACACCGGCCGAGUGACCAGAUCCGCCAGGCCGAAGGCCUCGAACACCAGGAACACCAGCCAUUCGUAGAACACCGGCGGCGGGGCGUAAUGCUGGAGGAAGACAUCGUGCACGGCAACCUGGCCACACGCCACCGCCGCCACGGCCAGUGCCUCGAUCCAACCGCCCCAGCGCUGCAAGACCGCCAGGGCCUCGGGCUGGGCCAGGGCCCGCGGGACCUGUGCCACAUCCAGACCCAGGGCAGCCAGGGCCACCGCCGGCGAGGGCGAACCGCCAGCCGGGCCCGGGCCACUGCCAGCCGAUUCCGGCGCCGCAUCCAGCCCAUACGCCUCGAGGACGGUUUGCACAUCGGCAAAGGUGCCCUGGCAGAAGGCCGCCAAACGGCACAGCCAGCCGCCGCUGUAGGGGGCGUCGACCGGCAGGGGACCCGGCCCGGUGGCCAGCCCGGCCGCCGAAGCGGCCAGUCCCAGCAGGCCGAGAUCCGGCUGCCGAAGCUGCAGCGCCACGAGGCGCGCCCAGGCCGCCGUCGCCCGGGCCCGGACCACGUCCCCACUCCGGGCGUACGAUACCCCGGCGUCGAUGUACAGAUGCAUGGCUUGGAGAAGCUGCUGCACACAGGCCCCGGUGAGCCCGGGCCCCGGGAGCUCGGCGCCCAUGCGCGCCCGCAAAUCCCCACCCCGGGCAGUGAGGAGCUCGAAGAAGUCCCGCCGGGUGGCAAACUCCGCGCGGAAUUGCGUCCGCAGGGGGGCCCCCGGGCCGCCGGUCGGGGGGGUGGCCGUGCCGGCGGGCCCCGCGGCCCCGGCCCCGGCCCCGGCCCCGGCACCCGACCGCCGGCCACCGGCCAACGACGAUGCCAGGGAGGAGGCCAGCUCCGAGUCACGCCGAGCCCCAGACCCGGCGAUGGGCCGCGCGCCGGAGUCCCCGGAAUCAUUGAUCGGCGCAUCGCCAGCCAUGAAAGACAAGGCCGAGGACAGCCCCGGAGCAGGGCCAGGACCGUGGCCAGCCCCGCCGGGUCCCAGAGCCCCGGAGGUGGAGGCCACAUCGCCGAUGGCCAGGACCUGGCGCACGCGCCCAUCGGCAUCCCCCCGGAGGAGGUCCCCAUUUUCCCGGAACAUGCCGAAGGCCAGGAACACCAUCUGCAAGCGCUCCCGGCGGGACUGCGCAUCGGCCGCAUACUCCUGCGGGGUGGGCUGCGGCGGGAGCGACGCGCUCGGGCGCAGCAAAUACGCAUGCAGAGCCCGGCGAAGCUCCCCAUGACGCGACCGGCCUCCAUGGGCCCGGCGCAGCAGGAGCUCGAAGGAAUCAUGCACCGACAGGCAGUCCAGGAUGAAGGUCAUGUCGGCAUACCGGCCGACCCCGGUCAGCAGGCGCACCAACAGGGGCAACUCCAAUGCCGGGACAUAUGCCUGCUCCACGCGGCUGCGGACCAGGCGCAGCACACGCGCCUCGCCCCCGGCGUCCGACGCCCGGCGGAAGGCCUCAUGCGCCCGGACCAGCAGCUCCACUUCGGUGAUGUGCAGGGCCGCCGAGGGGGACGGCUCGGCGGCCAGGCCGCUGGUCGCCACCGGCGCCAGCAGGUCUCCCACCAGGCCGUCCGGCCGGUCGACCAGCCCGCACAGGGUGUGGCCCAGCAGCGAGGCCGAGGAGGCCGCAUCGGCGGCCGUAUCGAUGGCCAGCGGCCCGGCAGAGGCCGACCCCCCGGCCAUGGCCGAGCCCGACUGCGACCCUGCCGACCCGGCAAAGGACCCGGCCCCUGUGCCCAGUGAGCCGACGGCCGCCGCGGCCGCCGGCAGCAGAGUCGACAGGAAGUCAUCCGUCGACCAGGCGGCAUCCAGCAGCGGGCGGUCAUCGGCCGGCAGCCGGGCCGGCAAUUCGCUCAGCUGUCGGCCAGCGGCCAGCGUAGCGUGGUGAACCGCCGGCGCGCCGGCCAUGGACGAAUCGGCGGUCGAGCGGAGCUGCGCCGCGGCGGCCGUGGCCUCGUCCUCGACGUCCGCCGGGCCGAGGCUCAGCCGGCCGCUACGGAGCGUGUCCACCAGGGCCCGACGACCGGGCCCGGCAUACCGGUUGACCGCCACCAGGACCGCAUGGCCGAAGGCCCGGGCGACCGCCGUCACCAGGGCCGGCCGGGAAACCGCAUGCGAGAAGGCAAAGGCCUGGGCCACUUGCAGCAGCCCGGCCGCCAGCAGGCGCUGCCCGCGGAAUUCAUACUGCUGCCACUGGGCCCGGAACCGGGCAUGCUCGGCGAGUGACUGGUCUUCCGACAGGCCAGGCCCGGCGGCCGGGGCCACGGAGCGUAGGUCCGGCGCGGCCGCCCGCAGGCGCACCCGCAGCAGGCGCUCCAGCGUCCCGGCCACCGGGGCCGCAGCCACCGCCUCAUACGAGCACUCCGCCCCGGCGGCCGGAUGCUCGUACAACGGCGAGAGCAGUGCCACCGAUGCCCGCUCCGGGCUGAGCCCCGAUUCCCGGUGCACCUGGCUCAGCAGGCGCGCCGCACAGGCAUCCGCCAGGAUGGCCCGCAGGGCCGCCCGCGCGCAGCGCACCAGCACGGCCAAAUGCGCGAACCAGUCGCGACAGGCCACACCAAGCGGAUCGGCCGACAUGCCGGGCCCGGGCCCGGCCACCGCCUGAUCUGACAGCCCCGGCCGGAGGAUGAAGGCGGUGAGGAUCUGCCAGAUCGGGUCAUUGGCCAGGGCCGUGCGAACAGAGGCGGCUGCCGCCGCGGCCGCAGCCGGGCCACCGGCCCCCGUCAGGUCGAAGGAGGAGUCGAGCCCCUCCAGCUGCGAGGGCCCGGUCAGCCCCGCUGACAGGGCCUCCAGCAGAUAAUCCCCGGCAUCCGCCUGCGACACAUGCGAAUGGUGGGCCUCGUACUCGGAGUCGUUGUCCGAGUCGUCAUCAUCAUCGUCAUCCUCCUCCGCCUCCUCGCUGCCGUUGCCAUGACCAGCACCGUGUCCAGCGCCCCCGUGCAUGUGGUCGAAGCUGGAGGAGGGGCCACCGCCCCGCGCGAGAGCCUCGCCCGAGGGCGAGCCCAAGCCAAGAGACCCGUCGUGCAGAUCCCCAGACAGGACGGCACUCAGGCUGCCCGUGAGCAGGGAGGAAGACAGGGCCGAGGACAGGAGGCCAGCCGUGAUGCUGACCGCUGCCGAGGCCGGUGCCGAGGCCAGCGGACUGCGGAUGGGCACCGGCGUGCCGCCGACCGCCGUGGGGGUGCUGCCGGGCGUGAUGUCGGCCGCAUUCCGCGGGCUGGCCGGAACCGACACCUUGGGCCCCGACUCGGGGGAUGCCUCACGGCGAAGCAGCCCCAGGAACUGGCUGAGGAAGCGCUGACGCGCGCCCGGGAGAGGAUCCCCCGGCGCGGGGGCCGCGGUCGGCGAGGCCAACGACCCGGCCACAUAGCGAUCGGCCACCAGCGACGCCUGGUACAGGAUGGCGAUGUCCCGCGACAGGUAGCCCGCAUGGCGGGGCCCGAAAAGCAGGGCCAAUUGGGCCGCCUGGACCAGGGCUCCCCCAUCCAGCUGCCGCCCAAUGGCCCGGCGGAUGGACGACCGCUCCAGCCGCGUCAGCGAAAUGUCCUCAUCGCACCAGGCCGGCAGGUCCAGGCCGCCCGGGGCCAGGAGAUCGGUGAAGCUGGCCGCCGUCCAGGGCACCCGGGCGGUGCCGAGCCCGACGGCCGGCCGGCCCGCGGCCAGACCCGUCAGCUGGCUGAGGGUCUUGCCGAGGGCCAGACGCACAUCACCCAGGCCGAAGGGGGCGGUCGAGGGGUCGGGCGAGCCGAUGGCCGCAUCGGCCCCAGCCGUCAGAUCGGCCCCCGGCCCGGUGCCGAGGCUGGCUCGCAGGCUGGGAUGCUCCUCGCGGGCUUGGUCCACGGCCCGCAGGGCGGCCAGGAUGACCCGGCGCUGGAGGGCAUGCGCGAAGCUGUGGCCCGCCGCCGUGCCCAGAUCCAAGCACGUGUGCGGCGAGAUGGCCACCGAUUCCUGGAGCAGCCCGGGCCCGGCGGCUGGCAGGCGCGCCAGCUCCAGGAAGACCCCGGGCAGAAGGCGCGGCACGGCCGCCAGCCAGUGGUACGCCCGGGCCAGGAGGGCCGCAUGCUCGGCCGCGCCCUCGGCAUUCUCCACGCCACAGGACACCGAGUGGGCAGCCAGCUGCCGGAGGAAGAAGGCCCCGACGGCCAGAGCCGCCCGGGCCCGGGACAGGUGCGGCGACAGGGGGGGCGAAGUUUGCUCCGGGUCGAAGAGUCGCACGCGGAGACGCGCAUCGCACCGCUCCCACAGCGACCGACGCAAGGCCGGCGAGGACCAGAGGACCGCCACCUCCGGGUCAUCGGACUCCGGGUGGUAUGCAUGGUGCUCCAGGGCCGGCGGCACGGGAGGACCCCCGGCACCCGGCAGAUGGUGCUCCCCCAAUGUGGAGGGGCCCCCGAGCAGGGUGGCGGUGCUGGCUUCCGGCGAGUGGGACAGGCCGCGCAAGGCCGCCGCCCCGGAGGGCCGCAUGGCACCGCUGACAAUCGUGGCGCCGGACCCCGCGCGAACCGGCAGCAGGGCCGCCUGGUCGAGGGCCGCCCGGGCGAAGCCCACCACGGCCGAGCCAGCAAGUCGCGGCUCGCGACACGCAUAGAUGGAUGCCUCGCACUCGGCGAUGGCCAGGCUGGCACGCAUGGUCAGGCUGCAGCCGCCGAGGCGCGCGCAAUCCAACGCGGCCAGAUGCUCCCCGGCCGCCGAGAGGGCCAGCGCGCAGGCGGUCGGCGAAACGGCCGCCACCGGCAGUGUGGCAUCCGGCAGGACGAUGUCGGCCGCGGCCAGCAGCCGCAGGGCCGCCAGCUGUCGGCCAUACCGGCCCAGGCGAGCGGCCCCCGCCGAUGGGGUGCCACUGCUAUCGCGACAGGCCCGCGCAAAGCGGCUCCCCUGGCCCGAAGCCAGGGUGCUGGUCAGCAGGAAGGCGUCCACAUCCGCGCGAAUGACCAUCUCCAGGACGGCGAUGCGCGCGCGGAGGGCGGCCCGGGCGGCGGCCAUGUCGGCUCCCGGGCGGCCGGCGAGCCCGGGCCCGGUGGCCGCGGCGGCCGCCAUGACGGCCGCCCGCACGAGGACCCCAUCAACCACAUUGGCACAGGCGGCCCGCAGCCAGCCGAUGCUCAAGGUCUGCCGGUAGACCGGGUCACUCGGGUGGCCGGCCCCACCGGAACCGCGAGAGGCCACGGUGCUGGUCGACUGGACCAGCAGCGCCGACAGCGACACCUCGACGAAUUUGUUGAGCGCCGCCACGGCCACGCCAGCCGGGGACAGGUCCCCGCCACAGGUGGCCGCCGCGGCGAAGGCGCUGAGCGCUCGCAGGGGGUGCUCCGGGGCGAGACGCGCGCAGGCCGCCGCCACGGCCGUCCCCACGCCCGACACCACGGCCAGCUGGGUGACAAGGCGCAAGUCCCGCGGAUGGCCGCCGCCCAGUCGCCCGGGUGGCAGGGUGGCCGCCGGCAAGGCCGCCCCGAUGAAGGCACAGAGCGCCGGCACCCGGCCGACCCGGUCCAGGCCGAACAUCGAGGCCGCCAGGAUGGCCAGAAUCGGCUCGCGAGAGGUCACCGCCGAGCGGAAGAUCGCCAGCCAGGGACGAUCCUCGGCCGGGCGGGACUGCCCACGAGCCAGGGCCGUGGCCCCGCCGGCGGCGGCCAGCAUGGAGGAGCUCCCGGCCCCCGGGGAGGUGGGCUCCUCGGCAUCCGCACGCAGGGCAAUCGCAUGCAUGAGAGCCGACACGACGGAUGUGGGAGCGUCGGCGGCCGCAGCCCGAGCCCCGGAGACAUUGGCCGAGUCGGGCGUUCCCUCGGCGGCCGGCUCCUCCUCCGACAGGAGUGACACCCCGGUCCCGGGCAGGCCAUAGGUCGACGGGCAAAGGGCCCACCGACAGCCCGGGCCCCCGAGACAGGGCGAAAAGUCGCCCAUCUGGCCGGCACCCAGGUCCGGGGCCUCGAGCAUCAUCAUCAUGUCCGGCAGGGCCAGCAAGUCCGAAUCGAAGCCCAGCGAGUCGAACCCAUGGCUCCCGGGCCCGGACAGGACAGACCCAUCACCGAGCACCGACUCGACCGAUGAGGAUCGAGCCCGGCCGCCGGGCCCGGAGCCCGAGGAACCCGACGGACCGGCCAUGCGGGACUCCUCAUCGGCGGCGCGCUCAUCCAGCAGCACGCGAUCCGUGUAAUCCCCAUCGACAUCGACGCAGGCCAGGGAUGGCCGGUCGGCCGGCGGGCUGCCGGGCACCGUGGCCGCGGCCGCAGCCAUCUGCUGGCCACACACACAUGCGGGCUGGUAGAACCAUGUAUCACAGGCGGGUGGCCCUGAGGCCGGGCCGCCAUUUGAGGACGGCCCGGAGAGCGUGCCACUCGGGGAGAUCAUGCCCGGGCUGUCGCCCAGGGAAUCCUCACGGAAGAGCGGCGACUCCAGGGCAUUGGCGCUGGCGCCGGGGCCGGCAUUGGCCGGCACACUGCGCAGCGCCCGCACACGGUCCGCCACCGACCCGCCGGGCAGUACUUGCGCCGCGCCGAAGCUCAGCGCAUCCAGGGCAUGCUCAAUGGCGCCGGUGCUGGCAGACCGCCCGCAGAUGGUCACCGCCGACAGGGCAUCCUCCUGCGACAGGGCCAGCGCAUCGGCGCAUGCCAGCAGCAUCAGCACACCGGCCACACCGUCCGCGGGGGACACCCGCCUGGCCAGGAAGGUCAGCAGGUCCCAUGCAGGCCCGGUCCCAUGGGCGGCGGCGAAGCCGGCCGCCAGGCGACAUGCCGCCACCUCGCGGAAGCCCUCCUCCCCGGCCACGGGACUGCGAUCGAAGAGACCCUCGGCCACCGGGGCCAGGAGCCCGGGGCCGGAUGGACCGGCCCCGGCCGCCGCCAGGCACAGGGCAUCCUGCAGCAGGAGGAAGACCGCUCGACCACUGGCCGCCAGGCCGCCGGAUACCAAGGCCAAGGACGCCGGCGCACGGCCCCCAGCCAGAUGGCCACCCAGCUCCGAUCGCAGGCCCCGGCCGAUGGCCAGGUCCAGGAGCAAGCGAACUGUGUGCUCGUGGGCGUGGCAUUGGCGAAGGGCGUCCAGCCGAUCCGUCGGGAGGAUGGUCGCCGCCGCCGCCGCCACCGCCGAAGACUCCUUCUCCAGCGCCUGGGCGGUGUAGAAUAGCAAACGGCCCACGCGCAAAUCCGAGCGCAAGUGUUGCAGAUACUCAUGGCAUGCUGCGCCGGCAUCGGGGAAGAGCCGUGGAAGCAGGCGCUCCAGUACCACAAGCCCCGAGGCCACGAUCAGCCGAUCGUCAAAGGCCCCCAGCAACAGCCGAUGCACCAGAUCCGCCAAGAGACGCAGGUAGGCCCCGGCCGUCGGGGCGCCGGACUGGAGCACAUGCUCGGCCAGCUGCACAGCACGCAGCGGCUGACCCACGCGCACAAAGUGCAGCGGGUCCAGCAAGGGCGCCUGGGCAAGGGCCCCUGCCUGGACCAGCUGCUGGAAGACAGCCCUGGAGAGUUGGAUGAAAUGCUGGUAUUCGGCCGCGCGGAUGGCCGUGCUCCGGCGAGCGGCCCCCGGCAGCAGGAGGUCCGACGAGCAUGCGCCGGCGACUCCCACCCCAGCCCCGGAGCCCGCGAGCCCCGGCCGGGGCAGGGCACGAAGCAGCAACGGCAAAAGUGUGCCACCUGCCUGCGCGCUGGUCAGCACCCCGGCCGGGGUUUGGCCAUGCGCCGACAGGGAAUACCACUCGCCAUGGCGCAGCCACUGAGCCAGGGGAGACAGCCCACUGGCGCCCGGCAAGGCCGCGCGGACCAGCUCCAACGGCAGGAGCUCCCCGGCCACAGCCUUCAGCCCGGCCACCAGGGUCUGUCGCGAUGAGGCAGCCUCGCGGCUUUCCGGACCCUCGAGCGAAUCCAGGCCAAGGGCCCGGCGCAGCAGGGGGUACGACACGAGGGCCGCGUGCAGGCGUCGCGGGUCCACUUGGGCUUCGGUGCCAACCGGGGCCCCGGCCGCGGUGCGCACCCCGCGCCCGCUCAGGACCAGCGGUCCCAGGGCCAGGAAUGGCCGCCGAGGGGCCCGCGACAGGAAGGCAGUCAGCACCGAGGACCCAUUGGUGGCCGGGUCGGUCGACGCCGAGGGGCUCCCGCCGGCCGAAUGGCCCACCGACGAGGACAUCAUUUGGCGAACUCGGGCCACCAGCCACCCGGGCGUCAGGCCAUCGGGAGAGGCCACCGCGGCCAGGGAGUUGGCCAAGGCCGCCGCCCACCACCGGUCCCCGGCGGCCGAGGGGCCCUCCUCGGCCAGAGCCAGGAAUGCCAGCAACAAAUCCAACCAGGCAUGGAGGUAGGGCGCGGCAGCGGUCCCGGCGGGGCUCGAUGCGGAGCUGCUCUCCGGUACCGGCGCCAAGAGCUCCAACAGAGCCAGGGCCGGCGGACGGUUGCCGGAGCCGGCGCCGGCGCCGGCGGUGGCCAGCGACCCGAGCAGCGAAUCCGCCGAUCGGGCAGCCAGCAACUCCGCCAGGGCGCCAAUCGAUCGCGAGGCUACAAACGACUGGGCAAGAUGCCGGUCCAGGGUGUCCCGAUCGAGUUGCUGAUUGCCCAGGCCAUCGGAAAAGAGGGUCCCAUUGCGGGAGAGAGACAGCAAUCGCGUGGACAAGAGCAGGGCAAACUCGGCAUCAUGGCCGCCGGGGCCGCCGGGGCCGCCGGGACCGGCUUCGAGCGGGUGGUCCAGCUUGGCCAGGCGCCGGGCCAGGACCGUGCCCCACUCCGGGCUGGUGGCCGCCACGGACAGGAUGUGCAACGGCGCCAGGUGCGUCAGAAUCCGACAGUACUCCUCGGAGAGGGCUUGGGCCACGGCCGACCCGGCGUCAGGCAGGGAAUUCAACGAGUCCCGGGCAAGCACGGCGGCGAUGCGCACGCUGGCGGUCGAGGCGCCGGCCGAUGCCAGGAUCAGUGCCGCCCGGGCCAAGUCCGAUCGCGACAGGCCCUGGAAAAGGUCGGCCAGUUGCCCGGGCAGGGAAUCCAAUCGAGCGCCGACAUCCAGCGCCGACAGGCCCAGCCCCGGGAGCAGACUCAGGGCCAGGCGUGACUGGAGCUCGGGCUCCAGGGCCCGGAACCAGGCGAGCAUCACCUGCACAUAGGAGUUGGUGGGCGGGAGGCCGCUGGGCCCGGCGACUGCCAGGAUGUCGGCCGUCACCUGGAGGACUGGCAGCGUGUCGGUCACCUGGCCGGUCAGGAAGAGGUCGCGGUCGAGGGCCGAAGCCCCGGGCCCGGGAGCCUGCUGGAGGAAGGUCUCGACAAAGGCCUGGGCAUUGGCCGUGCCUUGGCGGCCGGCCAUACCGGCCAACAGCCGGCCCACCUCGCUGAAGAGGUUGUCCUGGCCGGCAUUGGGAGCCGAGAGGGAGGCCUGCACGGCCCGGGCCAGGCGCACGGCCCGCGCAUCGGCCAAGUCCUCCGGGCUGCCCGGGGUCAAGGCCACAUGGGGCAGGAGAAUUUCCCGGAGCUGAUGGCUGGACGUGUGCCGGAGGAGCUCGCGCCAGGCAUCGCGCGCCGACAGGCCCAAGCCGGCCAAGAGCCGGCGCGUUGCCGCCACAUUCCGCGCGCAAAUAUGCGUGUAGAUGGUGCGCGCCAGCAGGGCUCGAAUGCGCCACAGGGGCAACGUGGGAAGGUCGGCUGCCAGCAGGGGAUCCAGUCGUGGGGUGGCACCGGUGCCCGGCACGGCCGGCGUGGCACCCGAAGAUUCCGGCCCCAGGGCCGGGAAGGCGUCGGCCACCGCCGCCGCGGAUGCAACAGGCGCCGGUGCGGGCAUCGCCGCCGAGGGGUCCUCGCCGGCGGCGGGCCCCUCCGAGUCGGCCGGGCGGGACUUCCGAGUACGCCGGGUCCGGCGCUUGUCCGGCACUGGCGCGGUCUCGUCGGCACCGGACGCCGGGUCAGCCGGACGCCGGCUGCGCCCGGCCUUGCGUCGAUCAGAGCCGGCGGGGGGCUCCGAGGGCCCGGCCUCGGUCGCAUCCACCGGCCGAGCGGUGCUGGAGCUACGCGAGCGGGGGGCCGCCCGAGGGGCACGCGUCUCGGGCCCGGGGCCGGACCCGGUCGACGCCGGGUCCGUCAAUCGCAACAGAUGGCCGCUGGCGGUUUGGUUCAGCAGGCUGCCAUUCCACCAGCGCGCCCCGAGCUCCGACCGGAGGAAGGCCAAUGCCAGGCUCAGGGCCCCGGUGGCCAGGCCGUGCUCCAGGGUCUGGAGCGUGGCAUCGGCCGAGGUGAGGGUCGGCUUGGAGAAGAGUUCCAGCCAGCCGGCCCAAAGCUGACGCCCGGCCGGGUCCAGCAGCCCGGUCGAGCACACCGCCACCGAGCCCACCGAGUCCGGCAAGUCGUCCAGCGGGAUGACCGGGCUGCAUUCCGGCAGGUCGGGCGAGGUGGCCGCGCGGAAGGGCGGCUGCAGGAUGAAGCGCCGGACUUCGGCCAAAGACCGGGACAGGGAAACAAUCUCCCGCAAGCUGGGCAGGGCCAGAUCCGAGGCAGGAGGACCAGGCGCGGUGGUAGUGGCGGACAUCGGGUCGGCCAGCAGAUGGCCGGCCGGGCCGGCCAGCAACGAGGCCAGGUCCCCCUGGGCGCUGUUGGCCAGAACCAGCAGCGAGCUCAAUGGCAGGAUGCUGCUCGUGCUGGUGGGCGAUCGCGCGAUGCCCUCCUGCAGGGUCUUGCCCAGGCCGACUGCAUGCGAGGCAAUGCGCCGAACAAUGCUGGAGAGGAUGCACCGGGCACAUUCGAAUGCAAAUUGCCGGGUGGCCGCAUCGCGGAAGGUUGCCUGCGGGGGACCCGGCCCGGGCUUGACCCCGGCCCCGGCCCCGGGCCCGGGCC